UGUACAUCUGAUGAACUAAAGCAAUUUUUUUCUUCGUUUGGUUUUGUCACGGGUUCUAAAAUAAUCAAAGACAACGAGGGGGUGUCAAAAGGGUAUGCAAAAGAACACUGAUUGUUUAUUUCUUCUUUUUGGCGUGGGUGGGCGGACCCAAACGUCUGUACAGUCAGCUUUGUAAUCAACUCUGCGAACUCCUUGACCUUAUAUAUGCAGCUUGUCUAUAUAUGGAGAAGUUUACUGUGCAUGAUUUACAACUGAGUUUCACGAGCUCACAAGACGGCAUGGUUUACAAGUACCUCGAGCUUACCUAUUUUUGUCCAUGGCUUUUAAAGAUUAGGUCUAGUGUGUUAGGAUAAGGUUUUAGGUUUGGUGUUAUUAAUAAACUUUUAUUUUAAAGGUAUGGUUUCAUUUCAUUUGAACGAAAAAGCGAUGCUCAGAAAGUUUUACGAAUGGUAAUUGCCUUUUUGCAGAAUUUAUGUGUUGGACUAGGCCUACAUAGGCUUGGUCGUUUCCUUCGUACUCAGGUUUGGUCGUUUCGUACUCAGGUUUGGUCGUUUCGUACCCAGGUUUGGUCGUUUCGUACUCAGGCUUGGUCGUUUAAUUCAUUCGUACUCAGGUUUGGUCGUUUCGUACUCAGGUUUGGUCGUUUCGUACUCAGGUUUGGUCGUUUCGUACCCAGGUUUGGUCGUUUCGUACUCAGGUUUGGUCGUUUCGUACCCAGGUUUGGUCGUUUCGUACUCAGGUUUGGUCGUUUCGUACUCAGGUUUGGUCGUUUCGUACUCAGGUUUGGUCGUUUCGUACCCAGGUUUGGUCGUUUCGUACUCAGGCUUGGUCGUUUAAUUCAUUCGUACUCAGGUUUGGUCGUUUCGUACUCAGGUUUGGUCGUUUCGUACCCAGGUUUGGUCGUUUCGUACUCAGGCUUGGUCGUUUAAUUCAUUCGUACUCAGGCUUGGUCGUUUCGUACUCAGGCUUGGUCAUUUCGCACUCGGGCGUGGUCGUUCCGUAUUGAGAUUUGGUCGUUGCGUAUCGACCAUAGGUAUCGACAUAUCCAGCGCCAAUUACUAGUGCGACAUUUUCUGUAAAAUAGUUUUGACUUGCACGUUACCACGUAUUUAUUCGUUUGAAUUUAUCGUAAGUAAAACAAUAGAAAAAAAACCUUCACCCACAGUUGAGGCGUUAGUACAAUUAGUCAACCAGAGUUGAGUAACAAACGACCAGAGUUAGGGUACGAAACGACCAGGCAGUCGAGUACGAAAUGACGAAAGCCUGAUACUAUAGGCUGCCUCAUGUGAGCAAAUUCUGCAAAAAUAACGCUAAAUUUUGACUAGUAAUCUGUUUAGGGAACGGUGUUCUUUAGAGAAAAGAGAUUGAGAAUCGGACCUGCAAUUCGCAGAUCGGUAAGUUCUCGUUAGCAUUCUUGUUACCAGGGCAUCACGACUGACUUCAGGAAGCCGUGAAGCCCUGGGAACGAAGUGGUAGUAGCAUGGUAGUAAAAGGUAGUAAUUAAUAAAUUACCUUCAACGGACAGUACACUUAUUUAUUAUUUGUAAAUAUUUGAAUAACUUGAAUGGCAUGAAACUUAGCCUGUUUUCCAGUCCACUACAUGCAACUGCUCAAAAUGAUAUCCUUUUUUCCUUAACUUCAGAAUGAAUUAGGAAGACAUAUGAAAAAAGAAAGUCCGGAAGACAGUAAGUCGGUUUGGAACAAAGACAAUUCAGCGUCUCUUUCAAUUUAUUAUUCUCAAUGAACUAAAAUCCAUGCGACCACUUGCAAGACUGAAUACUGCCCGUUGCCGUUUAGAUUUCUUGACCCCUAUCCACCAUUUCCUAUCGGGCCAACACAAAAUAAUAGGCAUUCAUGGACGAACUGUGAUGCCAAUUAAACUGCAAUGUAGUCAGUUUUGUUACAAGGCUUUAUACAAGUUCUUAAUCCCGGACUGAUUGACAGACCAAAUGACCAACCGAUUGAUAGCCUGAGUCGUAACCAUUUGUUCGAGGGAGGCAGGCUAACCGAUUGACUUUCAAAUUCACCUUUUCAACUUUCAUGAUGUUAAUGUUUCAACUCGCUUGUUAAUCAGUAGCGUUAUUUAUUCACGAUUCUUCACUUUUCUUCAGCUUACUUGGCGAGAAAUGGGGUAUCUCUGUCUUUGAAUAAUGCAAUAUUUUCAAGUGCGGAAUAUCCAGCAAUGACGUUUGACGCCAACAGCAUGCCGUCACCAUACCCUAUGACAUCAACUCUUAACAUUGGAUCACCUUACUGUCCUAAGGUACAGUACAUACAAUCUUGCCAGUCGAUUGAGAUCAUCACGAAAUAUUGUGGGCAUUGUAAGAAACUUUGGUCACUGAUGAUCAUGAAUUUUUUUACGUCUAGUGGUGACUACGAAUUUCGCAGUUGGCAACUUCGUUGUUUAAGCCAAUUCACAUUUAUAAUGAUUUUUUUUAUAAACGGGUUUGAAAAUGCCAUGGCGAACUUGACAAUAUGUCAACUUUACAGCGAAAACAAAUUCGAAAUACCAAACAGACUUCCGCAGAAAAUUUGUGGCCAAACUGUUUCGUAUACUGAUGAUCCUGAUCUACGGAAUCUUCCCUAGUUCAUUGCCAAUCUAUUAUGUCAAGGAUAAAGGACGGCUUUUAUAUUUUUAUAUUGUUUUAUAUUGGAUUUUAUAAUAGUCUGAGAUGACGGGGCCGGAAACUAAUUUACAUUAGAUGCGUCGAUAGCCAUUUUGUUUCUAAUUGUUCGGUUAGUCCCAGCUCAAUGGUUGACCCCCACCUGGGCAAAAUUAUGCUAAAACAUCACGUGAUUGAAACCCGAGAAUUCCAGUGGAAAAGUCGGCUGCUUCACGGCACUUGGACCGAAACCUUUAAUUAAAAUCUAUUUUGGUAAUUUCUCUUUUCUAGAUGUUCAACUACCCAAGCAGCUGCGCUGUCAGUGGAUGUACGAUAUCACAAAAUGCAAAGGAAUGUUGUGCAAUGGAAAACCAGGGAUGUGCGUUCAUCGCAUGCUCAACACCUUAUAUCCAAAUGUAG